AUGUUCAAGCGUGCGGGCAAAGACCGUACCAGAGAGGCCAUCAGAUGGCGUGUGCAGCAGUAUGGUCCCGUCAAACAGUUUGAAGAGCACGGCAUCUCAUUCCAGGAUCUCUCCCCAGCCUUCGAGAGAGAGAUUGCAGCACAGACGCGCCGGAUUCUCUUAGGGCCUGGUCCUGCAGCAGCCAGCGAGACCGGUACUGCGAUAGUUCGGCAGAAGAUGCGCGAGGCGAGUCUAAUAGAAGCGGCGAAUUCGGCGCGUGCAACAAGAGCGAAGAAGCGCGCUGCCUCACAUGAUAUCGAGACCCGCGCACGGAAAAGGCAUCCAAAGACACCCGCGGGCCGCGAACGGGGUACAAAGACAAGUCCAUGGAAGAUAGUGGAGGAAGAGGAGCGGAUGGGAGGAACUAUAAGUGAAGAGGUACAGGCCGACGACGGGUCGAUGGCUCAUGACGCUCUGGUGGCGAGGAGCUCCGCAAGAUCCGCGGGUGGCUCGCCGUAUGGCGCGAAGACACCAGAAAGCAUGCCCGUCGAUGAAGUUGUUGAUCGAGGAGCGAUAACACCGCCAUCAACAACGACGGCCUCAAAUUCCAUUAACCCGAUCCACACACCGAUCAUCGCAUAUCUUGAGAAGAGGCUUGAGGAUGCUGGACGCCAGUUACAGCUAGAGCAGGCCGGCAUCAAUACCCAACGCAAAGAGAACGAAGAACUGCGCCGCCAGAUCGGAAAGCUCACGACUCCCAACAAUGCUGCACUGCGCCAAGCGGCCCGUGAUCUCGAACUGGAGCGGGCAACACUCGUUUCCGAGAAGCUCACGAUUAACUCGCGUCAUCAAGAUGCUAUACGAUGCUUAGAGGAACUUCUUGAAGCCAAGGCAAAGCAUAUCGGACAGCUACAAUGCCUUCUCAACACUCUAAGAGGCCCUCAGCUGGUCUCCAGAUCUCAAGGCUACCCGAUCGAAUAUGAUGCUGGGUCUCUGCGUGCCGACUGGUGUCAGAAUGUUGCUCGGUUGGCAUCUGACUGCCGGCCAUACGACAUGGCAAGAUCCCUUCGCGCUGAAGAGCAGGUACCCGUCAAGCUUGAGGCUGCCAUGCGUGCUGUCACUGGACUCUCCGUGGCACAAACCGGGAACCUGACGCUCGCUGAGUGCUUCACUAAAACCACGGCCAUGCCUACGGAUGUCAACAUCCAGAUUGCCUGUUUCAUGAAUCAUGCUCUACGAUGGUGCUUCAAUACAGCGUUCCAUACCAAGGGGCUGAAGUCGGAGAAGUUGCACGAAAUGUGGCACUCGAUUGCGUCACUCAAUGGACUCAAAUGUGUACGAGAACUAGACACCAUGGCUACCCUAGAUAAGAUCGGCAAUGAGUACUUUCGCAAGAACCAAAUACCGACGAAGGCCAAAAGCCAGAUGGCAAUCUUCAUCAAAGAGUGCCGCAGCUUCAUUCCCUGGCUCGAUAGCGCGAAGUUGCGUCCGAAGCUCGAUGAUUGGCUUCAGUCCACCAUGGAGAUGAAGUUGGAGCUUCUUGUGUCAAGCCAUCACCACAAACUCGCCUUCCCACCACCUGGCGCACCUUACGACAAGGACACCAUGGAAGGUCAAACUGAGGACGGAAACAGACAGGGCCCCAAGGAUAAUCCAGCUGACUAUCGAGUCAAAAUCUGCGUCUGUCCUGCGCUUCAUACGUGCGUCCCAGAACCAGAACUACCAGACUGUGACGGACCUUCCUUCAAGGCGGAGAAGUACAAAGAUGCUUUGCUCGAAAACAGGGACUUCUUCGCUGAAGAACCGGGCAAGUAUCAGGGCUGGGAAGGAGUUGUUUUGGUAUCGCGCGCUAUCGUCUUCGUCGAGAAGUACCCUCAACAGUCCCAGGUCAUGCCAGAGCAGAGUCAAUCGAAGCAGACUCUACGGAUUCGACUAACCCCAAGCUUGGCAGAAGAUACCCAGGACGUGGCUGAAGGCGGGGAGGAUGGCAUGAGCAGCGAAGACGACGCCAAACUGUGA